GUAGCUUCCUGUUGUAGUGUAAAUGGAUAACACAUACAUGACAUAGUUGCUUGGGAAAAGCUUUUGGCUGGGAAACUUGGUGUUCACAAAAUAAUCGGUUGGUUUGACAAAUUAACGGCGAACAGUUCUGCGGAGAGUGACCGGGGGCUGUGAUGGAGGCGGUGCCUCGCAUGCCGAUGAUCUGGCUGGACCUGAAGGAGGCUGGGGAGUUCCAGUUCAGCGCGGCCGUUAAGCAGUUCAUCUUGAAGAAUUAUGGAGAGAAUCCAGACAACUACAAUGAACAGCUGAAGAAACUGGAGACCCUGCGGCAGAGUGCGGUGAAUGUGACAAGAGACUUUGAGGGAUGCAGUACGCUGAGGAAGUAUUUUGGCCAGCUGCAUUACCUCCAGAGCCGUGUUCCCAUGGGAACGGGCCAGGAGGCUUCUGUGCCCAUCUCAUGGACUGAAAUUUUCUCUGGAAAAACAGUCACCCAUGAUGACAUCAGCUAUGAACAAGCCUGCAUUCUCUACAAUCUUGGAGCCCUGCACUCCAUGUUGGGAGCCAUGGAUAACAGAGUAUCUGAGGAGGGGAUGAAAGUGUCCUGCACACAUUUUCAGUGCUCAGCUGGCGCUUUCUCUUACCUGAGAGAUCAUUUCAGCCACAACUUCAGUGUGGACAUGAGCCACCAGAUCCUUAAUCUCAACAUCAACCUUAUGCUGGGUCAGGCUCAGGAAUGUCUACUGGAGAAGUCUAUGUUGGAUAACAGAAAGAGUUUCCUGGUUGCUCGCAUCAGUGCUCAGGUGGUAGAUUAUUACAAAGAGGCCUGCAGGGCCCUGGAGAACUCAGAGACAGCUUCCAUGCUGGGAAAGAUCCAGAAGGACUGGAAAAAACUGGUCCAGAUGAAGAUCUACUACUUUGCUGCAAUUGCACAUCUUCAUAUGGGAAAGCAGGCAGAGGAGCAGCAGAAGUUUGGAGAGCGGCUGGCAUACCUGCAAAGUUCUUUGGACAAACUCAAUGAAGCUGUCAAGCUGGCAAAGGGUCAACCUGACAGUGUGCAAGAAGCCUUGAGAUUCACCAUGGAUGUUAUCGGUGGAAAGUUUAAUUCUGCCAAAAAGGACAAUGACUUCAUUUACCAUGAAUCAGUUCCUUCUCUGGAGACUCUAGCCUCAGUCAAAGGCGCCCCACUGGUGAAAGCUCUGCCAGUCAAUCCAACUGACCCCACUGUAACUGGACCAGAUCUGUUUGCCAAACUGGUGCCAAUGGCUGCUCAUGAAGCCUCAUCUCUGUACAGUGAGGAGAAAGCCAAGCUGCUGAGGGAUGUAAUGGCCAAAAUUGAAAGCAAGAAUGAGACACUAGAACAGUUCAUGGACUCUCUUGGGUUGGAACCAGAAUCUGUGGACAACCUGGAGAUGUAUAGCCACAUCCCACCUGUCCUGAUGGAGAAGUGUGCUGCUCUCAGCGUUCGGCCUGACACUGUCAAGAGCCUGAUCCAGUCCAUGCAGGUCCUGUCUGGUGUUUUCACUGAUGUGGAGUCUUCACUGAAGGAGAUCAGAGAUGUCCUCGAGGCAGAUGAAGCAAGCGAACAGACCCUCAAGGAGGUCGGUGGCCCUGCUGCUGGCGAUGUGCACCCUUCAGCUCAGGCCCAAGCUCUGGUUGAGAUCCACAGGGACCUGGAGAAGUACAUGGAAGCUCACGAGAAGGCCAGCUUCACGAACACGGAGCUCCACCGUGCCAUGAACCUUCACAUCAGCAAUCUGCGUCUGCUGGGAGGCCCACUGGAAAGUCUGAGAGAGGCCCUUCCCCGGCCCCAGCUGAGCGAAGAGGAAGUGGCGGGACUGCAGUGCAUGAAGCGGAUCCUUGGAAAAGUGCAGGAGAUGAGGGAACAGAGAGGUUCUUUGGAGAAACAGCUGCGGGACCUCAUCCAGCAAGAUGACAUCACCUCCACUCUGGUCACCACCGAGAGAGCUGACAUAAAACAAGUGUUUGAGGAGCAGUUGAAGAAAUAUGAGCAAGUGAAGGUGUACAUUGAUCAGAACCUGGCAGCUCAGGAAAACAUUUUGAAGGCACUGACUGAGGCGAAUGUCCAGUACGCUUCUGUACGCAAGGGUCUGACCCAGAUGGAGCAGCAGUGGAACAGCACCGUGCAGAUGCUGGUGGCCUCUUAUGAAGCCUACGAAGACCUGAUGAAAAAGUCACAAGAGGGAAAGGAGUUUUAUGAUGACCUUGAAACCAAAGCUUCUCGUCUCCUAGAUAGAGCAAAGACCCUGUGUGACACAAGAGCAGAGGAGAGGAAACCCAUCCUUGACAGAGAAAUCCAGAAGAAGCCUCCAGCACGACCAACAGCAGCAAAACCCUCUCUGCAGCCUAAAGCCCCUGAUGUAGACUCUGCAUGCUCGAGCCUGGAGGACCCAGAAUUGGCACAGCUUAGUGCAGCCAUCAUGGCCUUAGGUGGUGACCUACCUGAGGAACUUCGCAGCCUUCCACCUGAUAUUUCCUCCCUUCCCACCUCUACGGUUCGUGGUCCUGGUCCAGAAGCCUUCCUUCCCCCUGCUGUUAACCUGAGUGGCAGUAGCUCUCUUCCAUGGCCUGGUGCACCAUCUGCCAGUCUUCCUCACUUCCCUACUAACUUGCCCCCUCCAGGGCUCUUGGCCCGGAUUACUCAGUUUCCUGCUGCUGGUGGCAUAGCGCGCACUGGUCCCCUCCCUCAGAUAACACAAUUGCCACCACAAAUGCCAAGCCAGUCAGCAUUAUCAGGAUAUAGACUUCCUCAUCAUCAGAGUCCUCAACUUGGUCCUGUUGCUCCCACCCAAGUCCGACCCUCCACCACCACCGUUGACAGUGUCCAGGCUCCUAUUCCCAGCUACAGUCCUACACCGCGCCACCCUGUGCCUCCUGCAGCCUCUACUGGCUACAGUGUACCUCCACAGAUGGGGGCCUACCCCCAGUUCAUGCCUCAACCAGCAAUGCCCAUUCAACAUCCAACUCAAAUUUCUGUACCCCAAACACAGCAACAGAAACACUUGCAGCCACAACGGUUCGCCCAACCAACUGGACAACCACUUCCUCAUGGGUACCAGGCUGACCCUAGGGCUGCUCCUGGCCCUCACCCUCAACUUCAAGUCCAGCAAGCAUAUCAACAUGAAUACAUACCUCCACAGCCUGGUGUUCCUCCCCAGUACCAGCAGGUAUACCCUGGUCAGCUGCCGCAACAGCUUCGAAAUGGCUUUCAGCCUCGGGCUCAGAUUUGCCAAGGAUACCAGACUCCACAGGGAUAUGUACCCCAGCAAAUUAUGCCAGGCUCAUUGUCAAGACCACCUCAGACUCAAAUGCCUCCUCAAAGUGCACAACCACACAUGCCCUCAGUUUCUCAGACAACUCCCCCUAGUUCACAGCCCUACUUGCACUCUACACUAACUGGGCCUUCUCACCCACUCAUAUUAUCACAGCAGCAACAAAUCGCAUUGCACUCUAAUGUCCACCAGAUGCCACCCAAUCCACAGAUGCAGAUAGCAGGUGGACCCAGAGCACAAAUACCCAUUGCAAACCAAGUAGUGCCUCCAGUCUCACAGAAUUACAUUCCUCCAACUAAUCAACAAAUUCACCAGACCCUUCGUCCACAGAUGCCUCCUGCCUGUCAACCACAAAUCAUUGCUUGUCCUCAGGCUCAUCUGCCAAGGGCUUCUCUUCCACAGAUGCCCCCAAACACUCUACCACCACAACACCACUCCCACCCUGGACAAAUUUUCAUACCAAAUAUGCCCCAGCAGCCUAUGCAGAUACCCAGUGCAUCCCAGGCUCAACCCACUCACACUGGGGGUGUUGGCUACCCUGGUGGAGCUCAAACAAUGCCACACCAGACUCUGGCUCCACAACCCAUAGCUGCUCAGCAGCCUCAAGGUCCUCAUCCCCAACCUUCUUCGAUAUACCCACCAGCUCCAGGAACUACUGUACCUUCAACCCCUCAGCAAACCAAUGUCAUGGGUCUUCAUGGACCACAUGCUGUUUCUUCUCAACAUAUGAUACAGCCCACACCUGGAGGCACUUCAGCGUCAGCUCAACCACCUAACGCUGUCCCUCCUUCCCCAUCUCCAACCCCCUCUCCAUCUCCAGGACCUGCAUCUUUAGGUCUGAACCCAGGACAGAGACCCACUCCAGUUCCUACCACUAGUGGCAUAGCUCACCCGACUCUUCCCUCUCAGUCAGUCGUACCUCCCUCCACCUCACUGUUUCAGCUGCAGAACUCAAGUACAGAUGACCUCCUUUCCUCAAGCCCAGAAAGCCAACCAGGAGGCACUAAGGCCCCUACCAAUGUGCUCCAGCCAACUAAAGCUGACCCACAGGACGGUGAGCGCCGUAAGAAGAGCUCACAGGGAGUUCUCCUGAUCCAUGGUGACCCAUAUCAAGCCCCAGAGCGUGUUGCCCAUCUUCAUGCUGAGCUGGAAUAUUACAGAGCUCAGGUGGAAUCUCUGGAGCAGCCCUCGGAGAAUGAGGGUGGCUUGUCAGUGCUGGAUGCCAGCUGGAAAGGGCUCCAAGAUCAGCAGGAGAAAGAUUCCCGCCAACUCUCUAUUGCUAUUGCCCGCUGUUACACGAUGAAGAACCGUCACCAAGAUGUUAUGCCCUAUGACAUCAACCGUGUGGUGCUGCAGUCGGGCAAAGAUGAUUACAUCAAUGCCAGCUAUGUGGAAGAUUUGUCACCAUACUGUCCACGGCUCAUUGCAACGCAAGCUCCACUCACCGGCACGGCGGCAGACUUCUGGCUGAUGGUGUAUGAGCAGAAGGUGUCACUGGUUGUCAUGCUCGUUUCAGAGCAAGAGCUGGAGAAGGGAAAGGUUCUACGCUACUUCCCAACGGAGCGCGGCCAGCAGCUCUCUCAGGGACCAAUCAUGCUCAGCCUAACAACACAGAAGAUGACACCAACUCACGUGGAACGCAUGAUUAGCCUGCAGUAUCGUGACCAAAGCCUGAAACGCACCGUCGUCCAUCUUCAGUUCACUUCUUGGCCGGAGCUGGGGCUCCCUGACAGCAAGAGUAACCUCCUUCGCUUCAUCCAGGAGGUUCACGGACACUAUCUCCACCAGAGGCCCUUACACACACCUGUUGUGGUGCAUUGCAGCUCGGGCGUGGGACGCACUGGCGCCUUCUGCCUGCUGUAUGCAGCAUUGCAGGAGCUGGAGGCAGGAAAUGGGAUUCCAGACCUUCAGGUUCUGGUGAAGAAGAUGAGACAGCAGAGGAAGAAUAUGCUGCAGGAGAAGCUGCACCUGAAGUUCUGCUACGAGGCAGUGCUGAAGCAUGCUGAGCAAGUUCUUCAGCGGCAUGGCAUCACUACUGCCACCUACAGCAAGAACAACAGUGCUGCAGCCACAAAGUCUUACUCCAGACAGGAGUCACAGCAGGACAUCGUGCUUGGUGGUGAUAUGCCCAUCAGCUCCAUCCAAGCCACAAUCGCCAAGCUCAGCAUCAGACCACCCAGCACCAGUGACCCCACCAUGGAAGCCGGCAGCUUCUGUGGCCCAGAGGAACCGUCAGUUCAUAUCUCACCCAACCUAGACUUGACGGGCGAUAUCCAAAUGCUCCUGGCGCCUUCCCUGCCUGCAGAUCUCCAGGCUCCUGCCUCAGUUAGCCCACCUCUCUCUCCGCCAUCUUUCUCCCCUAUGAAGUCACACUCUCCUCCACCCAAUGGGGUGGAAGCAGCAUCUCCCUCAGCAUCACCACCACUGGAUCCUCACCUCAUCCCAGAGGUAGCGCCCAGCACCAGUCCACCUCCCUCUUGCUGUCCUCCGGUUCCUUCGUCCCUGGAGCUGCUGGCAGCUUUGACCCCUGAGGCCUUCUCCAUGGACGGAGGGGGCAAGGGUAAGCAUCGGGUGACAAAGCAGAGCUUCCUCCAACCUGCUGAUGGUCAGGGUCUCCAUGGGAGCCGAGAGGACGGCAGUGACGACCCGCUCAGUAGCCUGGACCCCCUCUGGAGCCUCAACAAACGCUGAAACAACUCCGAUUGCUGUCCACCUUCUCCUCUCUUCACCACCAGAGGGCAGCAGUGGCCCUUAUGUUCUUUCUUAUUCUAUUUUCACCAUGGAAACAGUCCUGAGGGAAGCUGCAGACGUCAUCUUAAAUUACCGAGAUGUGCCUGGUGGUGGAUGAUCAAGGUCUGGAGUGUUAUGAUUUUGUAAGACUGACUCUUAAAUAUCUUCUUUCAUCACUGCACCACUGGGACCACGUGGCUAUGCACUCGUCUGUCUUCAGUUCUGCCGUGUGCGCUGCCAGCAUUAUGCCUGUGAUGUGGCCAGCAAUCCCAGCAUGCACCAUCACAUCCUUUGGUGGAUUGUUGUCAUGGAUACACAAAGGCCUUGAUGAUGUCUGAUUGAUUUAAUGACCAAAAAGAAAACCAGUUUUGUGAAGUUGCUGGGCAGAGACUGAAGCUGCCAUGGUGACGUGACCUUGACUCAAUCUGCAGUGCGCCACGUUUAGUCGCUAUGGUAACACAAAGCAGCCAAUGUCUUUAAGCAUUAACUUUGUAACGCUGUAAAUAGCUUGAAGACUAUUACAACAAUCCCUCUGGUGGUAAUUUUAAAACUUUUACUAACUGUUGAAUAUUGUACAAACAAAAUAAAAAGUAGACAACC